UUCCGCGUUGCCUCUCUCCGCUCGGGUUUCCCCGGCGCGGUGCAUGCCGGGCUGGGGGCGGACAGCUGUCGUCGUCUUGUGGAGGACCGACGUCAGUGUUUGUGCUGCUCUGGGGAAGAUGGCGGAGGCUGCGGCUGUUCCCCCGCAUCGAUUUUUCUGCCACUGUUGUAAAGGAGAAGUAAACCCCAAACUGCCGGAGUACAUCUGUCCAAGAUGUGAUUCAGGGUUCAUAGAGGAAGUAACAGAAGACUCCAGUCUCCUAGAGGGUGGCGCAAACGGGAUAGAUGACACAGCCACACAGUUUGCAGAGCUAUGGCACCUGCUGUUACUGGAGCGGCCAUUUACCACAGACAAUGACACCCUUGACUCAGAACCUCGGCUCCCUGGAGGACGCCUGGGGGGUCUCAGUGACCUGGGGGGACUGGGAGGGGGACCAAUCGGCGGGUCAGUCCCAGCAGGCCUAGGGGGACCUAUGGGGGGUCUACUAGGAGCUGGGGAACACUGGGGACCAGGACGCCCCCCUCGCCUGCACAGCCAGAGAAGAUACCGGUCUAGGGGCAGCAGCAGGCCAGACCGCUCGCCCGCUGUGGAAGGGAUUGUGCAACAGUUUCUUGCCGGCCUCUUCGCCAACUCUGGCGUCUCUGGCUCACCUCCGCUCUCAUGGACAGGGAUGCUGCACUCUAACCCAGGGGAUUACGCCUGGGGACAGGGAGGGUUAGACGCCGUGAUAACACAAUUACUAGGUCAGCUGGAAAACACAGGACCUCCUCCAGCAGAGAAAGAGAAGAUCUCUUCUCUCCCAACUGUCAAUAUAUCUCAGGAACAAGCAGACUGCUGUAUGGAAUGUCCAGUGUGCAAAGAGGACUUCACCGUUGGAGAGCCAGUCAGACAGUUACCCUGUAACCACUUCUUUCAUUCAGACUGUAUAGUGCCAUGGCUGGAAAUGCAUGACACAUGUCCAGUGUGUAGGAAGAGUUUGAACGGAGAAGACAGCAGCAGCCAGCCCCCGUCAGAGCCCCCCUCCCUCUCCAUGGACCCUCGCACACAGGAGAGAUGGUCCUUCUGAGACACCCGCUGGUUCCAUCCCUCGGUUCUCCCCGCCUACACUCACCAACGCACCGGGAAGACUUCCCUCUCUUCAUCUCUAUGGCAGUCAUCAUCAUCUUUGUCUAAACAUUCUUUUUGUAUUUUUUAUUUUCUAUUUCAACGCCUUUCUCCUCGACCAUGUAAACACAUACUGGAACAGACGUCUUAACAGUCAGUUGAGGUCUGCCACAUUUCUCUCUUUUUUUUUGCCUAAUACAAACCAGCCUAGAUUGAUCAUGAUCAAGUCCAUCUCCUUUUAUAUCUUUCUUGAAAUGCACUGCUGCAAUACACUCUUGUGGGGGAAAUGCUAGACUUUAUAUCAUGUACCAAUCCCUCUCUACUCACCUGAUGAUUCGCUGAAACCUGCAACUGAGCCCUGUAUGACAUAUGGGAAUACAGUACGGUUUUUAUUUUCCCCACUCUUGGCAUCUACAGAGCCUGGGCCCAAUAACAUGCACACCCACAGCCCUGCAAUAAAUGUGAAGUUUAUAAAUGGUAUAAUUUGGGGUGAGAUAGUUUAAGGAAGGUGCUGAUUGACCUGUGGUUGUUUAAUAUGCUAGUGUUUUAUUGGAUUGCAUUGUCAGGGUGUUUAUGUUAUAAUGCCCAUCCUCUGUAGUGCUGCUAAUUAAUAAAGAACAAUAAUAGGAAUGUUGAGUUGCUGCUGUUUAAUGGCAACAAAUGUAACCUUCGACAUCAAGUGAGAGCAGUGGGAUUCCUCACACCUCCUGGGAUUCUUCUACAUCUGAAAACAAAAAAAACUAAGGGAAUAAAAUUUAAAAAACCUACAGAGCUCAACCCAUUAUCUAAUGCUUUAGAUUUCAACAUACUCCUCCUGGUGUAUAUAUAAAAAACAGAUCCUUAGUCAUUUUAUCCCUUUUGUUUAAGAUUGUCUUUUGUUUCACAUUUUUAUCACUUUUUUUUUGAUGUAAAUAAUUUUAGUCCAACUACUUAUGGUUUGCAAAAGGAAAUAAAAACAUUGAGAAUGGAGACAAAUGUGAAAUACCUGGUUAUUGAAACUGUAUAUUAUAUAUAUGAAAAAAAUGUCUAUGAGGUAUUAAUAAAUGACAAAAAACUGA